AUGAACGUUCAAGCAAAGAUAAAGGAAGUGGAAAAUGAAAUGGCGAGAACUCAAAAGAACAAAGCAACAUCAAACCAUUUGGGUAUUCUAAAGGCUAAACUAGCAAAAUUGCGCAGAGAAUUAUUAGCACCGCCCAAAUCAUCUGGUUCUCCUAAAGAAGCUGGUUUUGAUGUAUCUAAAGCAGGUGUGGCCAGAAUUGGGUUUAUUGGAUUCCCUUCAGUUGGCAAGAGUACUCUCAUGUCCAACCUCACAGGUACAUAUUCAGCUGUGGCUGAGUAUGAAUUCACUACACUCACGGCGAUUCCAGGAAUGUUAAGAUAUAACGGGGCUAAGAUUCAAAUAAUAGAUCUUCCUGGUAUAAUAGAAGGUGCUAAGGAUGGAAAGGGAAGGGGAAGACAAGUUCUAGGAGUAGCUAGAAGCUGUUCACUCCUCCUUAUAAUUUUGGAUGUAUCUAAACCAUUAACCCAUAAAAGGAUAAUAGAAAGGGAGUUAGAUCUUUAUGGGAUAAGACUUAACAAGGAACCUCCUGAGAUAAAAUUAGUGAAGAAGGAUAGGGGUGGUAUAAACAUAGUAGGAGAGACCUCUAUAGAUAUAUCACUUAUUAAGGGAGUACUUCACGAGUACAGAAUCAGUAACAUGGACAUAAUUUUUAAGAAGAAUACUUCAUACACCAUUGAUGAUUUGAUAGAUGUGAUAGAGGGGAAUAGGAAGUAUGUCAAGUGUAUCUAUGUAUUGAAUAAGAUAGAUAAGAUAUCAAUUGAAGAGUUAGAUAUAAUUUAUAGAAUACCACAUGCAGUCCCGAUCUGUUCGUACCACAAAUGGAAUUUUGAUGAUCUUCUCAAGAGAUGCUGGGAGUAUUUUAAUUUUGUCAGGAUAUUCCCCAAACCCAAGGGUCAAUCGAUUGAUUAUCUAGAACCUGUGGUUCUUAGGGAAGAGAGAAGGUCAAUUGAAGAUUUUUGUAAUUCGAUUCACAGAGGAAUCAUCAACAAAUUUAAGUAUGCACUGGUGUGGGGAUCUUCUGUCAAACACACCCCACAGAAAGUGGGUAGAGACCACAUUCUAAAUGACGGGGAUGUUGUUCAAAUAGUGAAGGGCAUUUAA